AUGGAGCUGGCGGAACAGAUYGACGAUUCGACAUUCUGCACAAUGAAUGACGAAGCCCCCACCAGAGUUAUGGGCACCUGUAGUAGCUCGCCCGAUAUCACAAUCGUUAGUGGUGGUCUGACCUGGCGACCUAUGCUAACUCUCACAUCAGACCAUCUGCCCAUAAUUAUCUCGAUCAAGAAACCUGCCGAUUUUGUUUCUGUGGACAACCGCACCUUCGUUAACUUCAACAAAGCUAACUGGGUCGGCUUCACAGAAUUUACUGAGAACACCUUCAACGCUCUACCCAUUCCUACGGACGUAUACAUUGGCGAAMGUCAUUUCCGCAAGGUGAUCGCAGCAGCUAYCGCUCGCUUCAUACCUGCUGGACGAAUAGCGGAAAUCCGCCCCGAUUUCCCAGCUGAAGCAGCUGUCUUAGCUAAUGAGCGCGACACCUUACGCCAUGCCGAUCCCGGGGAUCCCCGAAUAAGGGAUCUCAAUUCGGAGAUUCRGCGYAUGGUAAACCAGCAUAAGCGGACGAAAUGGAUAGAGCACCUGAAGUCCUGCAACCUCUCCACCGGUGUGAGUAAGCUUUGGGCUACUGUCAAAGCUUUGUCUAACCCGAAGAGGCACGACGACCGAGUUGAAGUUCAAUUCAAUGAGAGGUCCCAGAUUACCUUGUUGUGUACCGUCUUGGGGCCUUUGAGUCCCUCGAGGAGUUCCUGGGUGGAGGGUGGCCCGGGUUCCUGGGCAACCGGGACGUCAGCGGUUGUGACUAGCGUAGUCAGCUCAGCGCUUACGCUCGGUUGUUUUGCCACCUCGUCCACCUGCAUCCUCUCCACCAUCUUGUUUGCCACUGUUGUGUCCUGUUUGGACCCGCAGCCGCACGACUGGGUGACAGCCUUCCCUGCUCCCUGUGGUCACGGGUUUGUGCGGCCUCAUGACCACCAUGCUGAACCUGUAAAACAGGCGGAAGCUUGCAGCACAGACGUACCUAUACGAUUCGUCAUCAAUGUAUAG